CAGCUUUGGACAUUAUCUAGUCUCUGUACAUUGAGAAUUAAGGCUCGACACUCCACGAGCUGUCAGUGACCCUUACAAACCCAACAAAAAGAAGACCUCUGAGUCUUAGCUAGUAAGUAUAAAAUGGCAGAGGAAUCGACAGUUUUGAGAACUUUGAGUUACAUGCAAAUGUUGCUUUAUGUCUGCUCUUUGAUCAAGGUUACCAGGCCACAUAUAGUCAACCCACUAGAAUUUGCUGCCAAGCAGACAAAUUAUACCCAAUCUAGGCACAGACUGAAAGUACUAAGAGUAUCAUUGAAAACUCUGUACUGUAGAUCUUUGAAAGUUAUAAGUUGUGAACCUGAUAUCAAUGCUGUUGUUCUUGUCAAUAAAAAAAUUGCUCUUUGCCUUGGGCUGAGGUGUGGCCAGUGGCAGAAUGUCUUGUGCUGCCUUGAAAACCCGCCCAGAAAUGGUGCAUCUAAUGAUAAUGUGAAAAUUGUUAGGAGGAGGUGGAUCAUGAUUGGAGUGUGUCCAGAUGUGGCAGAAAAUCAGUGUCUGGUGUCUCCUGUACUCUAUCACAAUUUGCAGCAAGGCAUUGAUAAUAAAAAUGUUGUCAUAGAAUUUGACAGUACUGGUGGUGUAGCAGUUUUGUCAGAUGCUGUCAAAAGAAUUUUCACACUGUGGAAAGAUGCUCAUGGUGCUGAGAGUAUUCUUAACAUAAAUAAAAAAUUUACCCAGCACACUCCAGAUACUGCAGUGGAAGUCUACGUUCAAGUUGUGGAAUCUUCAAAAUAUAAAUGCGGAAGUCAGUUGGAAUUACUACUAAAAGAUUAUUUUAGAGUCCCCAAAUUAAUUACAGUGGGUGAUAUUUUAAUUAUUCCUGUUCCUAGUCAUCUUGGCUAUGAAUUUACUGUGAUUAAUUCAGUAAUUCCUCCAAAAUAUAUUGUUAUCAAAAUCUCUGGUGCUAAAACAAAACCUGACAUUGACACUAAGCAGAGUAGUCUUGUAACUAUGGGCAUCACGAGCCUUUAUCUUGCUGGCACUGUCCAAUGUUAUCAUCCAAUACUUGCAGAAAAAUUUGAUGAUAAGGGUAAUGUGGAUAUUCCUCCAGUUUUAAAUGAUACCUUUGUUAAAGUUAAGGAAGUUCUUCAUAUGGAAAUGCAAGAGAGAGAACAAGUGCCACAGUCUUUAGAUGGCGAUAUAUGCAGUAAAAGUAUUGCCACACAUUGGAAAGGUUUUGGAAAGAAUAACCUUGUACAUACAAAGGAAUCCAGUGAUAUCCUACGUUCCAGGACUGAUCCACAUCACGGGAAAGAUGAACACUACAUUGAGGCAUUUGUUUCUGAAGGAGAACAAGGUAAUAUAGGUGGUAUUACUCUGCUGCUGAUGGGGCAACCAGGUAGUGGCAUUGAACAAAUUAUCAAGCUUGCAGCAUCAGCUCUUGGACUAGGAGUACUCUGGAUUAAUUCAUGGCACCUAAAAGGGGAUACUAGUGGUGGAACAGAGGCAAAAUUACGACAGACAUUUCUCCGAGCCUCCACACAAGGUCCCUGUGUUCUUGCCCUUCUCAGUGUGCACUGUUUUACAAAGGACCGUGAUGGUGGUGAGGAUGCUCGUGUUGUAUCUGCACUCAGGGAGGAGGUUGCCAAAUUGUCCCAAAGGAACUCGCACGUGUUCCUGGUAGCCACAGCUCCAGAUCGCACCUCACUCUCAGAUGAUCUGUGGAGUGUGUUUAGUUACCAGGAGAGUAUAGAAGUACCAAGUCUAAGGGAAAGAACCAUUAUGCUGGACUGGCUACUCUCUAAGUGGCUUCCUGCAGUACAGACACAGACUGUGGCUCAACGCACUGCUGGUUAUGUCCUCGGUGAUUUUCAGGCACUUAUUAAUGCAGCUCACAGACACUAUCUACAGCGUGUAACAUCAAAGGAGGAUGACCAGUUGGAAGAUUUUUAUAACAGUAUUGAUGCUGACAGUAGAAAAGAUGUGCCAUUACUGUACACUGAUCUGCUUAAAGCUCUAGAUGAGUUACAAUCAGUUCGUAGUGAAGCUUUGGGAGCACCACGCAUUCCAGAAGUGCAGUGGAAAGAAGUUGGAGGCUUAGAAGAUGCUAAGCGGCAAAUCAUCAACACUAUUCAGUUGCCUCUUCGUUAUCCCUCCCUCGUGUCCAGCAGACUUCGUCGCUCAGGAGUGCUGUUGUAUGGCCCACCUGGGACUGGGAAAACUCUCUUGGCUAAAGCAGUGGCUACAGAAUGUGGUCUGAAUUUCAUGUCAGUGAAAGGCCCUGAACUGCUUAAUAUGUAUGUUGGGCAGAGUGAGGAGAAUGUGCGCCAAGUGUUUGCUCGAGCUCGGGCUGCUGCUCCCUGUGUAAUAUUCUUUGAUGAGUUGGAUUCAUUGGCCCCCAAUCGUGGACAAUCUGGUGACUCUGGUGGAGUUAUGGACAGGAUUGUGUCAGCUUUGUUGGCAGAAUUAGAUGGUGUAGCAAGUGCAGCUGAUGUGUUUGUUUUGGCUGCUACAAAUCGACCAGAUCUCAUUGAUCCUGCACUCCUUCGUCCUGGGAGAUUUGAGAAACUUGUGUUCCUGGGUGUUUGCAAAGACCGUGACAGUCAGAUCAAAAUUUUGAAAGCUGUUACAUGCAAGAUACCAAUGGAGUCAAGUGUGUCACUGACAAACAUCGCAGAGAUGUUGCCCUUAACGCUCACUGGUGCUGAUAUUUAUGCUUUGUGCACUGAUGCUCUUUAUGCUGCGCUUCAUCGUACCAUUGCUAACAUAUUAUCAGGUUUAGUGCAGGAAGAGAAUGCCACUGUUGAGGUUGAGGAAAAUGACUUCUAUGUUGCUGCAGCAAAGUUGGUGCCUUCAGUUGCUCCAGAAGACUUGACUCGGUACCAUGCCCUGGCCACCACUGCUUCACGAUAAGGAAAAAGUAAAUGCCACUUCCAGGUUGUAGACAUAUCACAUGUACAUUUUGAAUAGUUUGGAUUCUUUUGUUUAAUUUUUUGGUUGCAAGAAUAUUUUAUACAAGUAGGAAAUUAAAAAUGAACAUAGAAAAGAGUAGACCGAUGAGGGUAAUGAUAGAGUGGGUAUCAGAUUAGGGGUAAGGAGUAUGGCAAAAGUGGGCUUAUUUAGAUGUUUAGGAGUGGACAUGUCAGCAGAUAGGUUUAUAAAAAAAUCAAGUAGGUGGUGUGUUGAGGCAUCUGUGGAAAAGAAAUUUAUCUGUGGCAGCCAAAGAAAGGGAAUGUACCCGAGUAUAGUUUUAUACAUGGUUUGUGAAGGUUGCAGCAAGGAGGAGGCUUAAAGCAGUGAAGAAUUACAUUAGUCAUUUACCAGUGUGUUAAACAUUUGAAAUACCUGGAGAAGCUUACUCAAGGCUAGUGUGUCAAGACACUGGUAAGGCAGCAGUAUGUGUUUGGGAAUAAUUAUUUGUGAAUACAAUUUUAUAUAGCCGGGCUUGAGUCCUGCAAAUGGGAAGUACAAUGCUUGCACUCUAAAGGAGGGGUUCGGGAUAUUAGCAGUUUGGAGGGAUAUUUUGUGUAUCUUUAUACGUAUAUGCUUCUAAACUGUUGUGUUCUGAGCACCUCUGGAAAAACAGUGACUGUGUG